AUGUCAGACAUCGGCGAUUGGUUCCGAAGCAUCCCGUUCGUCACCCGGUACUGGUUCGCCGCCUCCAUCGCGGUGCCGCUUGUGGGGAAAGUGGGACUGAUAGACUUCCGAAACCUCAUCCUGGCUCCAGACUUGUUCUUCAGCAAGUUUCAUCUCUGGAGGCCGAUCACAGCCACCCUCUAUUUCCCAGUGACCCCCAACACCGGCUUCCUGUACCUGGUCAACCUCUAUUUCCUUUAUCACUACUCCACCCGGCUGGAGACCGGUGCGUUUGAUGGCAGACCUGCAGACUACGUCUUCAUGCUCAUCUUCAACUGGAUCUGCAUCGUCAUAACCGGGCUGCUGAUGAACAUGCAGCUGCUGAUGAUCCCGCUCAUCAUGUCCGUGCUCUACGUCUGGGCUCAGUUCAACAAAGACGUGAUCGUCUCCUUCUGGUUCGGCACACGGUUCAAGGCUCAUUAUCUGCCGUGGGUCAUCCUGGGCUUCAACUUCAUCAUCGGAGGCUCCUUCGUCAACGAGCUGACGGGGAACCUGGUGGGCCACCUCUACUUCUUCCUCAUGUUCAAAUACCCAAUGGACCUGGGGGGUCGUGCCUUCCUGUCCACACCAGAGUUCUUGUACCGGCUGCUUCCCAACAGGAGGGGUGGCGUGUCGGGCUUCGGCGCUCCCCCCAGCAGGAGGCCGCCCGCCCAGGACCCGGCGGGCGGUGGAGGAGGACGACACAACUGGGGUCAGGGAAUGCGCCUGGGGGACGAAUGAGGGGACGGCGCUCCCUCCUCCGAGCUCACAUCACACGAACGCUGGACAGUCGACGCUCCGGGUUGAAAUGCCUGCUUCCUCACGUGCUUUGUGUGUGGAAAAAAAAAAACUAAAGGCUUUGUCUCAGUUUUAUUUCAUUUUUAACUUUGAAAGACACAACAGGAUGCAGUGAAAGGAAGCAGGCAUUUGAACCGGGGCGGCAGAGCCCCGCCCUGCUAUCACUUCAAUACUACUGCGGAUGUGUCCGUGUCAAGCAGAAUGAAAAAUACCAAUAAAAUGUUUUGUUUUCCUGUGAUAACCGUUAAUCUGGCCUCCCCCUCCACGCCCCGCCGCCGGCCUGUCAGGACGAGAGACGCUGCAGCUGCACACCAGCACGCCGCCGCCGCUCUUCCUUUGUGGCGUCGCUCCCCGCCCUCGUCUCUGCGAUGCCGUAUCAGAUUACACUGUAAUUACCAGCGCACGGGGAGCGCGCUCUCGGAGCGCCGGCUGUCUCCACAGCCCCGUCUCCAGGUCUGGACUCACGUGGGUGUGAAACGUUGGUGCGCCUCGGUGGCACCGACCUGGAUCCUUCUCAACUCUAAACGAGCCCGUCUCCACCGGAACGAGGCCCAGAUGGGAUGUUUGUUUCUUUUGGGUUUUUUCUUUUGUAAAUAUAACAAUUGUUUAUUAAAAGGAUGAUUGGA